AUGGCGGUAGAGCUGGAUGCCGACGCGGUGCGGCACGCCAAGGUCAAGAUGAUAUUUCACAAGUUUGACAACAAUAAAGACGGUGGACUAGACCGCUCGGAAAUGGCUGGUCUCGUCAUCGCCGUCAAUCCCAAGGUCAAGUUUAAGGACGAGCAAAUCGAGGCUAUUCUAGACGAGGUAUUUAAAACUUACGGAGAAUAUAUUACCGAAGGCGUCGGUUUGUCUUUCGAAGGGCUUCAGCAGACCUACGACGACGGAGCUGGCGACGUGGACAGGGAUUUUGAAGCACUUAAUCUUGUGCUGGACAUUCCCACUCCGGCCCCUCUCCCUGCAAUUCCCGCUGUUCCCGAGCCUCCUGCCGAAGUUCCUGCCGAGCCUGAACCUCCUGCUCCGGUGGAGGAAGAUAAGGGAGGAUAUAACUACUUGUCCACAAAGCACAUGGUGGAAGCCCUCGAGGCGCUCAUCCAGCAGCAGCCACGCGCACAAGACAACCCGAACAACGUUCUCAGCAGUCCCGCAUUCACAAAAGCCGUCGCCGAUCUUCGCUCGCAGUCGGAGAGCUUGUUACCCGUCGCAGCAGUCGUGGAGGCGAACAUGGCGAUGGGUCGCGCGCUGAUGAAGGUCGGUCGCACGGAGGAGGCGAAACCGUCGUUUACGCGUGUCGUGGAGAUUGAGCCGCAGAACGUUCGCGCGUACUUCCUUCUUGGAAACGCGUAUUACAGCAUGGGACAGUUGGCUCAGGCGCGGGAUGCGUACAGCCAGAGCCUCGAGGCGGGGAAAGCGGACCCCGAAGCGCACGCGACCAUUCUUCCUCAGGUGCACGUGAAUCUGGGUAUAGCAAUGGAGGCGGAGGGCCUGCUGAUGAACGCGUGCGACCACUACCGCGAGGCGGGCAUGCUGAACCCGCACCACCACCACGCCAUGAAGCUUCUCGGCAGCGCGCUCUAUGGGCUCGGCGAGUACCGUGAGGCGGAGGAGGCGCUGCAGAAUGCGCUGUAUCUGGACCCCAAGUACGCCGACGCUCAUUGCGACCUGGGGUCGACACUCCAUGCGCUAGGCGACGACGUGCGCGCGGGGCAGGCGUUCGAGCGCGCGCUGAGUCUGGCUCCUGACCACGUGGACGCGCUCUACAACUACGCGGGGCUGCUGCGCGACACAGGCCAGUUCGACGCCGCCGUCGACACCUACUCCAAGGUGCUCGCGCUCAGCCCGGGGCACUGGCAGGCGCAGCUCAACCGCGCCGUGUCGCUGCUGGGCGGCGGGAAAGGGGAGGCGGCGCAGCGCGAGCUGGAGGCGGCGUAUCGGCUGACGAACCGCGUGGAGCUGUACGAUGCGCUCCCGGAUCGGGGCGGGGAGGGCGCGGGGGGCGCGGUGGAGGGUAGUUUCGUGGUGCUGGAUCCGGCGAGAAUGAAGGGCAGCGGCCCCACGGUGUGCAAUCCCACGGAGCUGGCUGUGGCCCUUGACGUCCGCGCCUACCAGCGCCACACGCGCUUGUCCAAGGUGCCGGUGGCAGCGCUGCGCGCGGAGCUCUCAGAGGCCAACUUCGAGGCAGCCCCGCGCGAGCGUAUGGUGCGAAAGGCAGCCAUCGAGUUGCUGCUGCGCCAGCUGCUCCCCGAAGCCCUCCCCCCAGAGACGUUCCAGCAGGCCGUGCGCGCCCUCAACGAAAAGGUCAUCUCGGCCGUCGAAACCGGCGGCGGCGCGGCCGCGGCAGCCGUUGAUCUGGGGCUGUUUCUGGCUAUCGUGGCGCUGCUGUGCGACGGGGCGGUGCCGGAGCGGAAGCUGGUGGCGUUUGAAGCGCUGCAGUGGCGGCGGGGGCGGCCGGAGGGCACCGCAGGGAAGAUCAUGCGGCGCGACGCGGUGGGGUUUGUGCAGCUGGUGCGGGAGAUCUACCUGCCGGGGCAGCCACCCAUGCCCGAGGAGGACAAGGGCGGCGAGGAGGGCGUGCCGGACGUGGGGUUGGAGCAGUUUGAGACCCUUGUGGAUGAUUAUUUCCCCAUUCUCUACACCCUGCGCAAGCUGGAAGUUUAUGAUCGUACCCGGCACCUGGGCAUGUCGUGCGACGUGUGCCGAUACGCCAUUGUCGGGCUGCGCUACCGCGAGACCAAGUCGCGCUUCGACCUCUGCGCCACGUGCUACAGCGAGAGGAAAGCCCCUGCCAAGCAUGCAGGCCCCUCUCUUCUGUCGUCACGUAACCGCGUGUUCACGUUUGCCGAGUAUGUGACCGGCACGGACAAGCUUCCUAUAUUGCUGGAGCUGUGUGGGGGAGGAGCAAUUGGAACAAGAGGUGGUUGGAACGGGAGGAGGGGGGAAAAGGUGCCAGCCUUUCAGGUGGUGCUGUUGGUGUGA